AUGGCAUCUGGACCCCUCCGCAUCGGCGUUCUCCUCGUCAGCUGCGUGCAACUGCUGGACCUCGCACCUUUGGACCUUCUAUACAUGGCGAGCCCAGCGUGGAUUGAGGACAUAGGCAUGCCCAAGACUCUCGCUGACCUUGGCCGGCCCUGCGAGAUUCACUACAUCAGUCGCGAUGGCCCGGAUGCCCUGGCGCCAGUCACAUCAGAACUGUCCAUCCGUCUCACAAACUCACUGGACGACUCGGCCGUCGCACCUAGCAAGCUUGACAUUCUCUUCCUGCCCGGACCCUCUCCCCGGCUCAUGCCCCCGGCCGAAGAGUACCUGGACUUCGUUCGGAAGCACAACGCGGCGGGUGCGACCAUCAUGACCAUCUGCACCGGAGCCCUAAUCGCCGCACAUGCCGGCAUCACCAAGGGCAAGGUCGGCACAUCACCUCGGUUUCUAAUUUCCUACCUGAGAAAGAAUUUCCCGGACACGAAGCUGUGGGAUGAUACGAUGCGGGUUACGCACGAUGGGAAUCUCUGGAUGUGCGGCGGCAUCACGAACGGCCACGACCUCGUGGCUGAGUAUCUCCGUGAGAACUACCCAGUACCGCUGGUGAAUACAGUCCUCGCUGCUGCGGAUGUCGUCUCGCGUCCCCUCCAAUACCAAACUACAGCAAUUCGCGACUCGGCCUUUUUCAUGUGGCAAAUCAUCAGGUCGAUCCCCAGCUCGAUUAUCCGAAUGUUGAGGGUUCAUUGA